AUCAUAACUAACUAAAUAAAAUAAAACAAAAACCAUAACCAACCAACCAAGCAACAAGCCAGCUUAGUCAAAGUAACAAUACUAAACAAGUCCUAGUGGUUGUGUAAUAACAUCACAAUGCUAGCCAAAGAAUCUCUAGGGCCAAGCUUCGAUCUCCCUGAAGAAGUUCUCGACGUUUUGCCAACAGAUCCUUAUGAACAGCUCGAUGUUGCUCGUAAGAUCACCUCGAUUGCUCUCGCCACACGCAUCUCUUCUCUCGAAACUGAAUUGUCUGCGCUGAGUGAUGCGGUUAGUGAGAAAGAUGAUAUCAUUGGUCAGCUUCAGGAGCAGGUUGAGUCUCUUGAUGCUUCGCUGUCAGACACGGCUGAUAAGCUGUCGGUUGCUAGCCAGGAAAAGGAGAGGUUAUUGGAGGAGAACGCUAACUUGUCCAAUGCAGUUGAGAAGCUCAAUCGCGAUGUUGUCAAGUUGGAAGGCUUCAGAAAAACACUCAUGAGAUCACUUCAAGAUGAUGACGGAAACUCUGGAGGAGCAUUGCAAGCUGCUGCCAAAAAUGCAGCAAAUGAUGCUGGUUUAUCCACUCAGUCAAUUGUUAGAGAUGAUACUGCCACAUCAUCACUGCAAAGCCAGCCGCAUGUGGAACAUUCAAGCACAGAAAAUCACGAGACAGAUGUUUCAAGGCCUCCCAUAGCGCAAGGUCUACUAAUAGCAUCCCAAACAAGCACACCUCGAUUUACUCCACCUGGUUCUCCUCCUAGUAAGUCAUCAUCAGCAUCUCCUAAGGUAACAUCUCGGCCGCUGUCCCCCAGGAGACAUUCGAUAUCAUUUGCUGGAACAAGGGGCAUGUUUGAUGGAAGGGCAUCCUUUUCCUCUGUGCCAUCUAGUCACAGUUCGAUGGGCUACGACUCAGGACGAGCUAGAGUUGAUGGAAAAGAAUUUUUCCGCCAAGUCAGGAGCCGGCUGACUUACGAGCAAUUUGGUGCAUUUUUAGCAAAUGUUAAGGAAUUAAAUUCCCACAAACAAACUAGAGAGGAAACUUUAAGAAAGGCAGAUGAGAUUUUUGGGCCUGAUAACAACGACCUCUAUUCAGUUUUCGAGGGCUUAAUUACACGUAAAGCUUAAGAUGUGCCUAUAUUUUGUUGUAAUUUCAUUUGUAAAUUAUAAGUGUUACAUUUCAAUAAAAUAUAUACACCAGCUUUUCCCCUUC